UAGAUCUGAGUAAAUAAAAAAAAGUUGUUUUUAGCGUUUCUCAAUCAUUCGUCUCGUAGAACCUUGCAAAGAACGAACUAGUUGGCAUCAUCGACUCCGAAAAGCUACUACAAACAUGGGUGUCAACAAAUUGAUUUUUAUGUGUGUGAUUUUGAUGGUAUCUUUGGCCCUGGCUUUAGCAGAGCCCCAAGGCUACUAUGGCGGUUACGGUAGAGAAGGUCGCGGUUAUGGACGUGGAUACGGCUACGGCGGUCCCGGUUAUGGUGGACCUGGUUACGGUGGUCCCGGUUACGGGGGUCCCGGCUAUGGUGGUCCCGGUUACAGAGGCCAUGAACGUGGUUACGGUGGUCCUGGAUACGGAUCCGGGUUUGGACCGGGUUAUAGAGGCGCCUACGGGUCCGGUUACAGACAAGAAUACGGAUACGGCCAAGGUUACUCAGGAGGAUACGGCUACCCGGGUGGUAACUACGGUAGCAGUGGUUACGGUUCCGGUUACCGGAGCGGUUACGGAUUGUACCGUUAAUAAUCGGCGGAACCGAUAGUUUUUUUUUUACCACAAUUUUGUAAAGUAUAUAUAUUUAUGUAUAUACCUAUAUAUUGUAAAGAAAUAUUGGGUAUGUUUACCUAAACUUGUAUAUUUUUUAUUUAUUUUUCAGUAUUGUGUAUUAAUUUAUUCGUUUAAAGACUAUUACCGACAAAUUAAUGAUAAAUAUAAUUUUUUUUUUAA